AUGCUUCUUAGCAAGGCCUUCCUGGCCCUUGCCUGGGCUGCAAUGCCUACCCUUGCAGCUCCGCAAGGCUACGUCGACAUGGACGGCGGAGCCGGCCCGUCCAACUCCGGCCCUCCCGGCCACAACGACGGCGACGGCGGCAUCAAGCGGUUCGAGUUCGUCCGCGAGCACCUGCCGCCCGGCGUGCGCCUCGCCCGCUGCUCCGCCCCCUACUACAAGGACGACGACAAGGACCAGCGCAUCACCCCCGAGACUAUCGAGGUCUUCCGCCGCCACGGCAUCUCCAACAUCAUCAGCGCCAACUCGGACGCCCACAACGACGAGAUCAAGCGGGCCCUCGCCGACGCCGGCAUCGCCUACACGCCCGUGCCCGUCGAGGACUUCAGCGGCGCCACCGAGGAGGACUUCCAGUGGGCGUGGGACAGCUUCCGCCAGCAUCGAGGCCGCGGCGCCACGCUCGUGUGGUGCGGCUUCGGCCACGGCCGCACGGGCAUGAUCGUGUCGGCGCUGCAGAUGCACAUGGACCACGAGAGGGGUCACCUAGGGCCGAGGUGGACGCGCGACGACUACCGGAGGAACCACGUCGAGGACGACAGCCAGGAGGCCGCCCUGGACGCGCUCUGGGCGCGCCUGAACAACCAGCCGCCGCCGGAGCUCACUCACGAGCAGGAGGCGGACCUGCUGGCCGGUCACUUCGCAACGCUUAGCUGUGCGGCCGUCCUCGGCUCCGUCAUGCACAUGAAGGGUCCUCGUCGCAGAGCCCUGCCGAAAGACGUGGCCUCGCUGAGUCGUCGACAAGUGACGCCACACCCGCUGCCGCCGAGCUACGACUGCGAUCGCGCUCGUGACAUCCUGCAGAGGUUGAACGUGCCCACGCCUUGCCAGAAGAUCAAGAACAUCAUGCUCGGCGUCGCCUUCUCAGACUCCUACUCAUCCGGAACGUACGACGACAUCGGCGCCACCCUCGAGGGCCCGGCCGGCCAGGCGGUCCUGCACGUCAAGUCAGAGCCGUACCUCGGGGACCACAUCUGGGUGACGGUAGACAUGCAAAAGUCAUACGGCAAGGACGAGAUCGACAUUGGCGGCAUCAACAACAUCACUCUCAACGCCCAGGGCAUUGCUGCCUGGGGCACUCGCAAUGACGAGUGGAAGAUUCAAGGUACGAGCUCCAUCCAUCAUCGUUUCCCUUCCGACACCGGACGACUCACAUUAUUUCGAGCAACAGACAUUCAGCUCCGCGCAGAAUGCGCCGAUCCCACCUUCAAGGCGCGCGAGGACAAGUACGUCGGCCUGAACGCGUGGUACGGCCACCCCGGCGGCUGGAACUACGGCCUCGAAAAGGUCGCCGUCGCCGGCUUCCCCGUCGUCCCCUCCGACUGGGCCUUCUCGCCGCCCUGCGCCGUCAUCGAGGAGCUGUCCUACGAGUUCAAGCUCGACAACUGGUACUCGGGCGGCACGUGGGACGCCCUGUCCUUCACCAUCGGCGCGAGCAAGAAGAUCGACCUCGGGGAGCAGCUGUCCUACGGCACCACCAAGGCGAGAACCAUGGACCUGAAGGACGCCUUCGGCUCGGCCGAGGUGGACAUUCGCAACCUCACAAACAUCCGCAUCUACGACGAGUACGGGACCAGGGGAGGCGGAGACCAGGGCCGGAUCGCUGACCCCAACCCCUCCUCUAUUCAAGGCAUCACGUUUGCCGCAACAUGCGCCAACAUGAACAAGAAGAUGGCCAUGAAGAGGUGGCAGGCGGUUGACGACUGGUAUGGCUAUGUUCAGGACAGCUGGGCGUGGCAGGGAAAUGUCUACCCCCAGGACUGGCUCGAGGUCGCCUAA